AUGCCUAGGAAGAACACGGCCGCGUGGAACGAAAUGCUUUCGGGGUAUAAGAGUUUGGGGGAUGUAGAGAAAGCACGCUCAGUGUUUGAUCAAAUGAAGCCGCGAGGUGUUAAGUCAUGGAGUUGCAUGAUCGACGCGUAUGUGAAGAAUGGCGACAAUGAGCAUGGCGUAACGCUCUUUCGGAAUAUGGUGAUUGAGGAAGGUAUAAAGCCUGACAUUGUAACUCUACUGCCGGUUUUAUCAGUUUGCGCUGACAUGGGUCCUUGUGGCUUGUUGCUUGGGAAGUCAGUUCAUGGGUUUGUGGUGCGUCAUGGGUUGAGAUUGAGCGAUUUGGUUGGUUCAGCUUUGGUUACUAUGUAUGCUAAGUGCCGGUUUUUGGACGCAGCGGCCAGGCUGUUGGCAUUUUUGCAAGAGAGGGAUUUGAAGACUUGGAAUAUGCAUUUUUGUCGAACGGUGCAAAAGGGCUACACAAAAGGGCCGUUAUAUGUAUUUGAGAAUUUGCAAAAAGCCAGUGUGAGACCUAAUGAGCUAACUUUCAAGGAAGUUCUUAAUGCUAGUGUGCAUUCAGGACUAGUCAAGGAGGGGCGGGAAUAUUUCAAGUUGAUUGAAGGAUGUGGUUUGAAGCCUAGUAUUCAACACUAUCGAUCCAUGGUCCAACUAUAUAGUAAUGCAGGGCAGUUAGAAGAAGCAUAUAAGGUGAUUAAGAACAUGAAACUUGAAUCUGAUGUUGUGGUCUGGAGUUCUUUACUGUCUGCUUGUGAGAAGCACAGACAGUUUGGGAUGGCGGAAAGAGUAGCUAAGGAGAUCAUGAAGACAGUGAAGCCAGACAGCAAAAGUCGUGUUCAGCUUCAUUCUCUGGUCCAACUAUAUAGUAAUGCUUAUAAGGUUAUUAAGAACACGAAAGUUGAACCUGAUGUUGAGGCCUGGAGUUCUUUUCUGUCUGCUUGUAAGGAGCACAAACAGUUUGGGAUGGCGGAAAGAGUAGCUAGGGAGGCCAUGACAGUGAAGCCGGACAGCAAACAUGGUGCUCCGCUUCAUCCUCUGAUCCAACUAUAUAGUCAUGCAGGCCUGCUAGAGGAAGCUUAUAAGGUUAUUAAGGACAUGAAACUUAAACCUUAUGUUGCGUCCUGGACUUCUUUUCUAUCUGCUUGUAAGGAGCACAAACAGUUUGGGAUGGCUGAAAGAAUAGCUGAGACGGUCAUGAUGACAGUGAAGCCGGACAGCAAACACGGUGCUCCGCUUCAUUCUCAUAUCUCAGAUAUGAGGGAUUUGAGAAAGUCAAUGGCCAAUCCAAAUUUAGGGAAGAUACAUGAUUUGCUGCAAAAAUUUGACGAAGGCCAGGGAGCUAUAUGUUUUGAUGCACGGUAG